AUGGAUAGUCCGUCUCAACACGAUUAUAUUACAGUGAUAAACGACACCGAAGCUGUAUCUUGUUCAAAUGACAAUGGUUCUGAUUUACCUCAUUUCACAUUGCCCUCUACUUUCUUUAAAACCUACCACUCGCGUUUCAAAAAACUUCCAGCACACUAUCGAUGGGUGAUUUUACUUGGAUUCUCACUACUAUCAUUUUCCUCCGCGUGUCUCUGGAUAACCUUUGCUCCUUGCUUAUACAUCUUCACUGAAUAUUAUUCGCAAUCUCCUUCUUACAUCAAUUUCCUUUCAACCAUCUAUAUGUUCACCUACAUCGUUUUAUUACUCCCUUCGUUAAAGUUCUUCGACAUCUACGGAUUAAGAUUUGGUGUAAUUUUUGGAGCAUUUCUUAAUGCAUUGGGUGCGUUUAUAAGAUUCCUAGGAUCCUUAAGUAAAUCAGGAUUUUGGAUAUUAUUUAUAGGACAGAGUAUUUCCGCCUCCGCACAAGUGUUUAUGUUAGGGAUACCACCUAAGUUGGCGAAUGUUUGGUUUCUAGAAUUUGGGGAGCAAAAUUUUGCCACUUCAAUUGGAGUCACCGCUAACAACGCCGGAGUCGCUGCAGGGUUCAUAUUGUCACCGUGGAUGAUUAAAGAAAAGACGGCAGAAUAUGAUGUACCGAAGUAUCUGUUACUACAAUUCGGCUUUUGUAUAUUGGUCUACUUGUUCUUGAUGUUUACAUUUAGAUCAGCGCCAAGGCUAAUUCAGAGUCGCACGAUCAAACCUGUUAAACACAAAGAUUCCAGGACUCCAUCUUCCACCGCUGUUUCUUUUUCAAACAUUAAUCAUUACAUGACAGAUAAAUCAUUUAUGUUACUAACAAUCUCAUAUGGAAUGAUCACAGGUGGUCAAUACGCACUGAGCACUCUAUUGGCACAAAUGAUCUUGCCGGUGUUUAAAGAAUAUGACGAGGCAGGAGUUGGGUUUCUCGGUUUCUUGAUAGUAAUAUCGGGAAUGAUUGGAUCACUCGUGAUCGGAGUUUAUUUGGACAAUACCUACGCAUACAAAAAAACAUGCCAUGUAUUAUACAUUGGGGCAAUAAUCUCGUUGGGAAUUUUUAAUUUUUCGUUGAAACUUGAAAUUUCGAGUUUAAUGUUUAUAUCAAGCAUAUUAUUCGGUGUGUUUUCCUUUGCGAUAUCCCCGGCGGUCUUUCAAUAUGCAACAAUAAUAACGUCGAAACGAUUUCUAGACGACGAAAUCGCUACAACGGGGAUCCUAAAUACCCUUUCUCAAAUCUGGGGAAUCAUCCUGAUCUCCUUUAUGGGCUCGAUCGAAAAUUUGGAUAGUAAAUAUACAAUGGAAUUACCAAAUUGGGUAUUAUUCUCAAUUGUGUUAUUUGGUUUGAUUUUAUUAUUGUUAAUACCAGCAGAUGGUGAUUUGGGUUCUACAGUUAACCUUCUGUAUGGCGAGGAUGAUUAUAUUGAGGGAAUUAUGGAUGAGGAAGAGAGUUGA